AAGCUUCUAUGUGAUAGAAAAAAUGGAAUUCAUUUUGAAAAUUCUUUGGAACGAAAAAUUCUGGUUACCAGAAGGGAAAUCAUGGGAUAUUUUAGCAAACAAACCUGGAAGUAUUUACCUUCCACAGACAUCAGAUAUGGCCUGGUCCAUUCCGCUAGGACUUCUGCUCUUCGCGUUCAGAUGCAUUUUCGAAAGGUUUUUGAUGACACCGCUCGGCUAUUGGCUUGGUGUGAAAAAAAAGAAAUUUCCCCGAUUGAAUCCUACUCUUGAAGAAUACAUCAAACAGAAUGGCAGUGUCUAUAAACUAGACACAAGGGAAAUCUCUAAACAGACUGAUGUGCCAGUGAGAGAUGUGGAACGCUGGUUAAGAGAUCGACAAUCAUUGGCUAAACCUAGUGAUAUAAAAAGAUUUGUUGAAUGCGGGUGGCAUUUCACAUUCUACAGUUGCAGCUUUUUUGGAGGUCUUGUUAUGCUGUGGCAGAAAUCAUGGUUUUGGACCACAGUAAAUUGUUGGCUGGACUGGCCAAAUCAGCAUAUAGACAAUGAUGUGUACUGGUAUUAUCUGAUUGAGCUGUCAUUUUACUGGUGCCUUGUUUUCUCCGUGGUAACGGAACACAGAAGAAAGGAUUUUGUGCAGAUGAUUGUUCAUCAUGUGGUCACUAUAUUGCUGGUAUACUUCUCCUGGUCACUGAACUUUGUCCGUGUUGGAACCCUUGUCCUCAUUACUCAUGAUGCAGCAGACUUCCCUAUGGCAGCAGGCAAGAUGAUGAAGUACAGCGGGCACAAGACAAUGGGAGAGAUCCUGUUAGGGGUGUUCAUCAUUGUGUGGAUACUUUCACGCCUCAUCUACUAUCCUGUCUUUGUGCUGUACUGUUCAUUGGUGGAGAUCUACGCAGGAGUGGAACCUUUUCCAUCAUACUACUUCUUCAAUGUGCUGCUCAUAGUGCUGCAGGUUAUGCACAUCAUCUGGACGUACAUGAUUGCCCGCAUCGCCUUCCUCACAAUUUCCAAAAGAGAGUUGAAGGAUGUACGCAGUGACUCGGAGAGUGAUAGUUGAUGGAAUCUGCCACGGGCAAGAUGUGUAAGCAGAGUACCACAUAGCCAUGAGGGGCUCUCUUCAUCUAAGCAACAACCUGAAGCAAAAUAGAUAGAUAGACCUAGGUUGUACUCUUUGCCUAUGUACCAUUGCUUAGUGCUGAAGCAUCUCACCCUAGACAUUGUCAGCAAAACAUGUAUUGCCACCUGAAACAGUUCAUGUUCCUUAUAUGCUCUUCAGAUAUACAUAGUGUUUUACAUUAUUAUUUUUUUUAGCUCAAUUGUGACAAAAGCUAAUUGCUUAUAUGCAUGUAUAAUGUUUGUGUUUACAUGUAUUAUGUUGUGUAUUGAUCAGUGGCUUAAUUUUAUUGUGCUAUCUACCAAUCAAUUCUUGGAGGGUAAAUACCAUACAAAUUAUAACGUCACUGGCCAUGUGCUUAUAGAAUCAUGUUUAAGUCUGUUUCCUGGGUAGAAACCAGUACUGGUGUCCAUUUUGAAAGGCUAUGAGAAAGCUGAUAUUAGUUUAUGACAUAUCAUGUUUUAAAAUUAUUGAACUAAUGACCUUUACUUAUAUGUUGUAUAUAAUUAUAGGACUAUUAUGCUGUUUGGUCUGUUAGUGUGUGGUUGUUUUAAUGCUGCUUUUGUAAGGUUACAGUUAUAGCUCUGCAUAAACAACUGGACAUCACUGAUUCAGCGGCAGAACUGGACAUCACUCAAUCAACUCUGCAUAAACAACUGGACAUCAAUGAUUUAGCUUUGCAUAAACAACUGGACAUCACUCAAUUAGUUCUGCAAAAACAACUGGACAUCAAUGAUAUAGCGGCAUAACUGGACAUCACUCAAUUAGCUCUGCAUAAACAACCGGACAUCACUGAUUUAGCGGCAUAACUGGACAUCACUCAAUUAGCUCCGCAUAAACAUCUGGACAUCACUGAUUUAGCUCUGCAUAAACAACUGGACAUCACUCAAUUAGUUCUGCAUAAACAACUGGACAUCACUCAUUUAACUCUGCAUAAACAACUGGACAUCACUGAUUUAGCUCUGCAUUAACAACUGGACAUCAUUUAAUUACAUUUGCUUAAACAGCUGGAUAUCACUGAUUUAGCUUUGCAUAAACAACUGGACAUCACUCAAUUAGCUUUGCAGAAACAGAUUGACAUCACUGAUUUAGCUACAUAACUGGACAUCACUGGAUUAGCUUUGCAUAAACAACUAGAAAUUAUUUAAUUAGCUUUGCAGAAACAACUGGACAUCACUGAUUUAGCCACAUAUCUGGACAUCAUUGGUUUAGCUCUGCCUAAUUAACUGGACAUCACUCAUUUAGCUUUGCGUAAACAACUGGACAUCACUCAAUUAGUUCUGCAAAAACAACUGGACAUCAAUGAUAUAGCUCUGCAUAAACAACUGGACAUCGCUCAAUUAGCUCUGCAUAAAGAACUGGACAUAACUAAUUUAACUCUGCAUAAACAACUGGACAUCACUGAUUUAGCUCUGCAUAAAAAAACUGGACAUCACUCAAUUAGCUCUGCAUAAACAACUGGACAUCACUCAAUUAGCUCUGCAUAAACAACUAGACAUCUUUAAAUAAGCUCUGCAUAAACAACUGGACAUCACUCAUUUAACUCUGCAUAAAAAACUGGACAUCACUGAUUUAGCUCUGCAUAAACAAGUGGACAUCACUCAAUUAGUUCUGCAUAAACAACUGGACAUCACUAAAUUAGCUCUGCAUAAACAACUGGACAUCUUUAAAUUAGCUUUGCAUAAACAACUGGACAUCACUGAUUUAGCUCUGCAUAAACAGCUGGCCAUCACUGAUUUAGCUGCAUAAGUGAAUGCUUCCGAUUCAACUGUGCAUAAACAACUGGACAUCACUCAAUUAGCUCUGUAUAAACAACUGGACAUCACUGAUUUAACUCUGCAUAAAAAAACUGGACAUCACUGAUUUAGCUCUGCAUAAAAAACUGGACAUCACUCAAAUAGCUCUGCAUAAACAACGGGACAUCACUCAUUAAACUGUGCAUAAAGAACUGGACAUCACUCAAUUAGCUCUGCAUAAACAACUGGACAUCACUCAUUUAACUCUGCAUAAAAAACUGGACAUCACUGAUUUAGCUCUUCAUAAACAACUGGACAUCACUCAAUUAUCUCUGCAUAAACAACUGGACAUCACUCAUUUAACUCUGCAUAAACAACUGGACAUCACUCAAUUAGCUCUGCAUAAACAACUGGACAUCAUUUAAUUACCUUUGCUUAAACAGCUGGAUAUCACUGAUUUAGCUCUGCAUAAACAACUGGACAUCACUCAUUUAACUCUGCAUAAACAACUGGACAUCACUGAUUUAGCUCUGCAUAAACAACUGGACAUCACUCAUUUAACUCUGCAUAAACAACUGGACAUCACUCAAUUAGCUCUGCAUAAACAAUUGGACAUCAUUUAAUUACCUUUGCUUAAACAGCUGGAUAUCACUGAUUUAGCUUUGCAUAAAAAAUGGAUAUCACUCAAUUAGCUCUGCAUAAACAACUGGACAUCACUCAUUUAACUCUGCAUAAACAACUGGACAUCACUGAUUUAGCUCUGCAUAAACAACUGGACAUCACUCAUUUAACUCUGCAUAAACAACUGGACAUCACUCAAUUAGCUCUGCAUAAACAAUUGGACAUCAUUUAAUUACCUUUGCUUAAACAGCUGGAUAUCACUGAUUUAGCUUUGCAUAAAAAAUGGAUAUCACUCAAUUAGCUCUGCAUAAACAACUGGACAUCACUCAUUUAACUCUGCAUAAACAACUGGACAUCACUCAUUUAACUCUGCAUAAACAACUGGACAUCACUAAAUUAGCUCUGCAUAAACAACUGGACAUCUUUGAAUUAGCUUUGCAUAAACAACUGGACAUCACUGAUUUAGCUCUGCAUAAACAGUUGGCCAUCACUGAUUUAGCUGCAUAAGUGAAUGCCACCGAUUCAACUGUGCAUAAACAUCUGGACAUCACUCAUUAAGGUUUGCAUAAACAACUGGACAUCACUGAUUAAGCUCUGCAUAUACAACUAAAAAUCAAUCAAGUAGCUUUGCAGACACAACUGGACAUCACUGAUUUAGCUUAUAACUGAACAUCACUGAUUUAGCUCUUCAUAAACAGCUGGACAUCACUGAUUAAGCUCUGCAUAAUCAACUGGGCAUCACUCAUUUAGCUCUGCAUAAACAACUGGUCAUCACUCAAUAAGCUCUGCAUAACGAACUGGACAUCACUCAAUUAGCUUUGCAGAAACAACUGGACAUCACUCAAUUAGCUCUGCAUAAUCCACUGGGCAUCACUCAAUUAGCUCUGCAUAAUCAACUGGACAUCACUCAAUUAGCUCUGCAUAAUCCACUGGGCAUCACUCAUUUAGCUCUGUAUAAACAACUGGUCAUCACUCAAUAAGCUCUGCAUAAACAACUGGACAUCACUCAUUUAGCUCUGCAUAAACAACUGGAAAUCAUUGAUUUGGCUCUGCUUAAAGAACUGGACAUCAUUCAAUUCCAUUUGCUUAAACAACUGGACAUCACUGAUUUACCUUUGCAUAAACAACUGGACAUCAUUCAAUUAGCUUUGCAUAAACAGCUUGACAUCACUGGUUGAGCUACAUAACUGGACAUCACUGGUUUAGCUCUGCAUAAACAAAGGGACAUCACUCAUUUAGCUCUGCAUAAACAGCUAGACAUCACUCAUUUAGCUCUGCAUAAACAACUGAACAUCACUCGUUUAGCUCUUCGUAAACAACUGGACAUCACUCAAUUAGGUCUGCAUAAACAUCUGGACAUCACUCAAUUAGUUGUGCAGAAACAACUGGACAUCACUGAUUUAGCCCCAUAGCUGGACAUCACUGAUUUAGCCCUAUAGCUUGACAUCACUGAUUUAGCUCUGCAUAAUCAGCUGAAGAUCACUGAUUUAGCCGCAUAAGUGGACACCACUGUGCAGUAACACCUGGACAACACUCAUUUAGCUUUGCAUAAACAACUGGACAUCACUGAUUUAGCUCUGCAUAAACAACUGGACAUCACUCAAUUUGCUCUGCACAAACAACUGGACAUCACUGAUUUAGCUCUGCAUAAACAACUGGACAUUACUCAAUUAGCUCUGCAUAAACAACUGGACAUCACUCAUUUAGCUCUGCAUAAACAACUGGACAUCACUCAUUUAGCUCUGCAUAAACAACUGGACAUCACUCAAUUAGCUCUGCAUAAACAACUGGACAUUACUCAUUUAGCUCUGCAUAAACAACUGGACACCACUCAAUUAGCUCUGCAUAAACAACUGGACAUCACUGACUUAGUUUUGGAUAAAAAACUGGACAUCACCCAAAGAGCUCUGCAUUAACAACUGGACAUCUGCACAAACAACUUGACAUAACUCAAUUAGCUCUGCAUAACUGGACUUCACUGAUAUAGCUGCAUAAUUGGACUUCACUCUAUUAGCUCUGCAUAAACAACUGGACAUCAAUCAAUAAGCUUUGCAGACACAACUGGACAUACCUGAUUUAGCUCUGCAUGAACAACUGAACAUCAAUCAAUAAGCUUUGCAUACAUAACUGGACAUAACUGAUUUAACUCUGCAUAAGCAACUGGACAUAACUGAUUUAGCUCAGCUGAAACAACCGGACAUCACUCAUUUAGCUCUGCAUAACUGGACAGCACUCAUUUAGCUGUAUAACUCUACUUCUUUGAUUAAGCUCUGCAUAAACAACUGGAAAUCACUCAAUUAUCUCUGCAUAAAAAAAACUGGACAUCACUCAUUCAGCUGUGCAUAACUGGACAUCACUGAUUUAGCUCUGCAGAAACAACUGGACAUAGCUCAAUUAGCUCUGCCUUAACAAAUGGACGUCACAGCCUUAGCUCUCUAUAAACAACUGGACAACAUUCAAUUAGCUCAGCAUAAACUACUGGACAUCACUUAUUUAACUCUGACCAAAUAACUGGACAUCACUGACAUAGCUCUAUAUAAACAACUGGAAAUCACUGACUCAGCUCUGCAUAAACAACUUGACAUCACUUAAUUGGCUCUGCAUAAACAACUUGACAUCAAUCAAUUAGCUCUGCAUAAACAACUGGACAUUACUCAAUUGGCCCUGCAUAAACAAAGGGACAUCACUCAAUUGGCUCUGCAUAAACCAAGGGACACCACUCAAUUGGCAUAGCAUAAACAAAGAGACAUCAUUCAAUUAGCUCUGCAUAAACAACUGGACAUCACUCAAUUGGCUCUGCAUAAACAAACGGACGUCAUUCAAUUAGCUCUGCAACAACAAAUUGACAUCACUCAAUUGGCUCUGCAUAAACAACUGGACAUCAUUCAAUUGGCUCUUCAUAAACAAAGGAACAACACUCAAUAUUGGCUCUGCAUAAGCAAAGGGACAUCACUAAAUUGACUCUGCAUAAACAAAGAAACAUCACUCAAUUGGCUCUGCAUAAGCAAAGGGACAUCACUCAAUUGGCUCUGCAUAAACAAAGGGACAUCACUCUAUUUACUCUGCAUCAAAAAAGGGAAAUCAUUCAAUUAGCUUUGCAUAAACAACUGAACAUCGCUCAAUUGGCUCUGCAUAAACAACUGGACAUCACUGGUUUAGCUCUGCAUAAACAACAGGACAUCACUUAUUUAGCUCUGCAUAAACAACUGGACAUCACUCAAUUAGCUGUACAGAAACAACUGGACAUCACACACUUGCUCUUCAUAAACAUCUGGACAUCGCUCAUUUAGCUCUUCAUAAACAUCUAGACUUUUGUUGUUUAGAAAUUUUUUUUUAGGCCACACCAAAUUACUGUUUUGUUCCUCGGAUUUUUGCCAAAAAAAUGGAGGGAGCAAGCAAAAAAUAAUAAUUCAAUGUGGUCAGUUUCAAAGCUGCACUCUCACAGAUUUUUACAACUUUUUUAUUUGUUGUCUUGGAAAAAGCAAAGUUUUGCGUUAGUAUCUGCAAACCAAUGAUAAUUUAUUGUUGACAAAAGAUCAGAUCGCAGAUUUUCAUAUUUCCAUUCCAAGACAAAAAAAAAAAAAAGUUGUCAAAACGUUCAAUCUGUGAGAGUAAUAAAAUCCGAAUCGGUAAAGAGCGAAAAUAUUUUUUUUUAUUAUAUUCAAUAUCAAUAAGAAAGAUUGUUCAAUAUAAUUGCCCUUUCACUCAUUUGAAUGCAAUCUUGAACUGAAUCUCUACAGGCAAUGGGAAAAUGUUUGAAUACACACUUUUUAUUCAUUCGUGUUUAGUAAACACAUUAUAUGGAUAAUCCAAAUCUAACAUAACAUGAUUAAAACAUAUUGUGAGUUUGACAAUUAUUUAUAAUAAAAUAACCCUGCUUUUAGGAAAAAGUUUGAAUCUACUAAUAAAAAUCUACCUGAAUCACUUUAACAUCAUUUAUAACUGUAUUAAGACAUUGAUUUCGGAUGUUUUUCACAGGCAGCAUCAAACAUCAGACUCCAUAUACAUUUUAAAUUCUUGACUUAAUUUCGUUUUGAAUAUCACAGUUAAUGAAAUGACAAUGUGUUUAUCGAAAUGAAAGGUACACGGGUAUGUUCAGAGUACUUUUAUGGUCAGGGAGUUGUUUUUAUAAUCCCAAAUUAUGUCACAGGGGUUUCUCUUCAUUUAUUUACCCUAUACAGUAUAUACAUGUAAUCGAUUGUCAAUAGAUUAUAACAUAUACUGGGAGAGUACCUAAAUCGGAACAGUACAUAAAUAUGGGACACCCGUUAUAAAAGCGUUUUUCCGAUCAAGAUUGGUUUAUAUACGAUUUUAAUCAAUAAAGACGCUUGCCUUAGGUAAAAGAACAUAAUACUCCGGUAUUUCAAAUGCUGUUAUCAUUCAAAGUUGUUUAUGUUUGACAAGCUGGAAAUGAACUAAAUUAUUAAUUUACUAAAACAAAAUAUUUUGAAAUAAUUUUAAAAUGAUACCUAAAAAUAAAUAGCGAGUUAAAACUGUUCCAUAUUUAGGUACUCCGAGGACAAACAUGGCAGUCCUUGACUGUGCGGUUAAUAAAGUACUUUUCAUGCAGAUUGGUAGUAUCUUGAAAAAUACCAUUUAUAUCAACCAAUUGGUCUUGAAUAUUAGUAAGCUGAUCGAAAAUUUUGUAGUUGUGGUGCAAGUCUAACUACAAAUAAAUAAAAAAAUAGUGAUGAAAGUGUUCCGAUUUAGGUACUCACUCAGUAGGGUGGAAAAAAAUCGAGAGAAACCCCUGUGGAUUAUGCUGUAAAAGAAACCAGAAAUGAAGAUAAUAAACUUAGGUUGGGCGUACCUAUUUUUGGUCUAUCCGGUGUUAAUAUCGCUAUUUGUGUAAAGAUAUUUGUUCGAAACUGUUGUAUUUGUCAGAAUUUGCUCAAAAAUGACUUUGAAACAUCAAUUUGGACCAAACAAUGAAACAAGUUCCUGUUAAGUUAAGCAUGUACCUUCAGCAUUGACGUCAUAAGGUCAAAUUCUGGUCACGUGUAUUAUGACUUGAAUCAAAUAAUACUUAAUUGAGUCAUUUUUCAUCAUUCCGAUUUUCAUCCAAAAAGAAUAACUAAUUAUGCAAUAUUAUAGCAACCAGUAUCAGAUACACAUGUUAUACUGAAUAAUUCAUGAUUCAAUUAAUGAUUAUUUAGUGACUGGAAUGAUGAACAAUCACUUCGAGCAAGGUCAAAACACAUAUAUUGUAAAAAAAAUAAUCAUUGAUUGUUGUUGUUUUUUUCAGUUUUAUUUUUUUAUUACCACAAACAAAUCUGGUUGACCAUUAAAAUUUAGGUACGGUCGCUCAAUCUUUUUUUUAUUUUAUUUUUCCAUUUAAAAAAGAAUGGUGCAGUAAAUCCGCGAAACGAAACAUCAUUUGGUGUGGCCCAAGUUAUAUUAAUUAAAUGCUGCACGUUAAGUUUUGUUUGAAUGCUUAACUACUCGUACAUGUAUGCAAGUUACAUUACAAAAUUGCUUUUAUAUUAUAUCAUGUCCAUUUCUUAUGAUUAAAUUAUGUGC